AUGAAAAUGCUGAAUGCUCGUUGUGAUAACGUUAUCAGUGGCGGCAGAGCAACACAACUGAUAUUACAAUUGCUGAUAACAUUAAUCAUUAUGCUUAAUAAGCCAAGUGAUGCUUGUUUUGGUGGUGGCUCAUUAUGUUGUCCACCAUCAGCAAUGCAUUGUGCUCAUACAGCACCACCAUGCUCCUCAACAAGCGAUGGCUGUGGUCGGAACGGAUGCGGUAGCGGUGGUAGCUAUUUGGGACCACCGCCACCAGCGCCAUUAGGUGUUGGAGCAGGUGGCGCUUAUAUGCAACAACCAAUGGCUUAUGUUAGCAGUGGGAGUGGUCCAUCUUAUGGAAGAGGUAGCAAUAUUGGAGCAUUAUAUCAAACUGCUGAAAAAAGACCACCUGUUGGUGGUAAUUUUUACACAGGUGGUGAUAAAGCAGUAGCUGAUAAUAUUGCACCGGGAUAUGGUGGUGGUAUGAGAGGAAGCGAAGAUGGAAUUGUUGGUUUUACACCGCCAGCAAAUAUUGCACCGCCACCACCACCACCACCGGAACUACCAUUACCAUUACCGAAACAAUACGCUUACAACAAUGGUAUGAUGCAACCGGAAGAACAAUUAGCACCUGCUGCUAUGACUCAAGAGAGUCGUGCUCCUGAAGGUAAACAAAAUUUACCAUAUCGACAACCAUCAGUUAGUGAAAAUGCUUAUGAGGAAAUUGUUAGCGAUCAUGAAGGUGCACAACAGCAACAACAACAACAAUUGUUUACUGAUAAAACUGAUAAGAAUAGCAUUAAUAUAGGUUCAAUGGUGACAAGUGAUAGUAAUAAUAAAUAUGAUCAAAUUGAAUCUCAUACAUCAAUUAAUGAUGGUACAAAUUAUAAAACUAACAGCGCUUAUCAAAGUGAUACAUCCGCUGCGGAAAGCGAUCACGGAGCAACGACAGCGUUAGCAACGGCAAUGAGAUCAGCGGAAUUUACAUCAUUGGAAUCAUCCGGUUUGGAUGCAAAAAAUAAUGCUAUAUCAGAAGCAAUUGCCGGUUAUGAUAAAAGCAACGGUAAUGCAAUUAUUGAAUCAAGAAGUAUUGAAACGGAUGAUUCAACAUGCAAUGAUCCGGUUUUGAAAGCUAUUAUUGAGUCAACACUAAAAGAGCAUCGUGAUAACUUGGAUGCAGCACGAAGUAUUGAAAGUAAAGCAUCAAAACGUUUCGGUGGUCGUUUUAAUUCGAUUGUUUCCGAUUCCGAAUUUGCUUACGUUAAUUGGUACGGUAAACGUAACUGUCAAUUGCAAUUUAAUGGAAGGCAUUCAUUAACAUGGGAAGAUUAA